AUGAACAAUGACUCUACAUCAGUAUCGGGCCCACCGGCAACCUCUCCUCACGUCAGAAGUGGGAGCUCGAGCCGACGACGUCGACAUCAUUCCAAGACCCCGGCUCAGAAAAGAGCUUACGAGCAAAUGAGAAAGAAAUAUGAGUUGGCAAGUUCGUUGAUGACGAAUCUGGACUUUGCAGUUUAUUGCCAACUCUGCGUGUUGUAUUACAUGGACUGCUCAUUCUUUCAACUAUGCAUGCGUGCUCUCACUCAAUUUGUUAUCCUUACGCCAAAGCCGAAGAACGUUAGACCACCUCCACAAAACUCCUCUCUAGUCAUCAUGUUAUUAGGCACGAAUAUUCUUUGUAUAUUUCUACACAUUUUCCUUGCGCCAUCUGGAUCUAGUGAGGAGAUGAGGGGUUAUUUACACGGAGGGAUAAUCAUCGACCUUAUUGGCCAGAAAGGUCCUUCGUCGAGGCUGAAAUUGGCAGUUUUCGAUUUGCUUGUGUUGACUUUACAAUCUGUAUUAUUCGCAAUACACCUGGAUAGAGAGAAGCUUGACAAGUUUCUUACGGUCUAUGGGCAAAAGACCACCGAGGCGCAAAUUCCACCUUCUACACAAGAUUAUGAUGCGGAGGAACGAGGGGUGUUAAGAGAUUCUGUUGCGGGCCUGGGGGACAUCGAAAUGCAACCGCUGAAUUCCGCAGGAGGUGCCUCUCGUCCACAUGGCCAGGAAUACAUCCCUGAAGCAGACGAGGAAGACGAACGAGAAGAGUUGCUAGCUGAGCCAGUAAAUACAGAGUCGGAUGAUGCACCGUUGGAUAUAUUUUGGUCGGGGACGGCCGUUAUAGGAGAGUUUAGCGUUUUAGAUACCCUUCGCAGUCAGUUGGCAGUUUCAGGGACCGCAUCUGGGUCGUUACGAACAAAUGGGUUAUCUGCCAAUGUUGCCGAGCUUACGUCCAGGAACCCGAGACUAAAUUUCAUAGCUCGAAGAUUUCAGCGCAACAUGUAA